GGCGAGCAAAAAACCUCCCUCCUUUUCGCCGACCGCCUACGUGUUUGCUUCUCUCAAAAGCCCUGUCCGUAAAGAUUGCCUCCUUGCUGAUUGGUUGGGCCUUUUUUCAAUCAUCCAAAGAAAGAAAAGAGGUUAAGUUGUCACACGGAAGGGAAAAGGGGUUGAUUUUUAUGGAGGGAUGUGAAUCGUCGGGGGAAAAGAUAAAACAAGAAACAUUUUUGCAAAUAUGUCACUUGACUUUGACAGUGCAGCUUUGCAAGUGCAACAUGAAGAUGAAGAAUAUGACCAAGAGGACUAUGCGAGGGAGCAAGAGUUGCAGCAGCUAUUGACAGACCUUCCCCAUGAUAUGCUGGAAGACAGUGGAGAUCACCUCUCCGACUAUAGUGCACCUGAGGACCAUGAACAAGCACAUGAACCCUGGGAUCAGGAUGCCACCAGAUGGAAUGAUCAUCCAGUUGCAACAAAUCCACAAAGUGACUAUGAACAGGGUCAGAAUUUGUAUGCUGAGCGCUUUCUGUAUGAUCAAGGCAACUUCCAAGGUGAAAUGCAUGGCAGUGACUGGCCUGACCAUCACAAUGAAGAUGAAGAUAAAAGCAUGUAUGAGAUCUCUGGUAGAGCCAGUGAAGAUGGGUCUGAUGAUGUGUACCUGGGAGGAGAUGGAUAUAAAGCACCUAGCCACUACCAACAAAAUAACAUUUAUCAUCUUCCAGAAAACUUUAGGCCAUACACAAAUGGCCACCAGCAAGAGUUCAAUAAGCAACACAGCAAAAUAGCAAACUUUGAUACGAAGAAGGAACACUUGAAGUGUGGCACUUCAGACGCAACUAACAACCAAUCUGUGGAGCCUUACAAAGUAGUAUAUAAGCCAUACCAGAAUAACAUCCAGCAGCCUGUUGCUAUUUCUCCAGAUGCAACAAGAAGAAAUGAAGGAUUUGAAGAGAUGCAGCAAGAAUUUCUGGGUACUGGUGAGGAUUCUUUAGACAACAUGCAGAUUCUACAACUUCAGGUUCUUAAUAAAGCAAAAGGAAGAAAACUGGAAGAACUUAACAAUCAGCUGGAAGAAAAAGCACAGCAAAUUAGGUAUCUGUCUCAUCAGCUUGCAAUUGUGAAAGAUGAAAAGGAUGGUGUGUGUCUGAGUCUCCAGGAAAGUCAGAAACUCUAUCAAAAUGGAAAAGAAAGGGAAAUUCAGCUGGAAGGCCAAAUAAAAGCACUUGAAACACAAAUUCAGACACUAGCUGCCAACGAGGAGCAGCUGGUCAAACAAUCCAAAGUAGCAGAGGUUGCGAUGGAAAGCAUGCAGCAGCAGCUCUUGGAACUUAGGCGCUCUGACACUCUUCAGCGUGCAAGAGAACAGCAUGAGGCCAUUAUUACAGCACUCAAACAGAAACAUGAAGAACAAGCCUUGUCUUUGCAGCAGAAACUGGAUGCUAGGACUGUAGCACUCCAGGAGCAGACAGAACUUUGCUGCCACCUAAGGGAGCAUGUAAAACAGCUUGAAAGAACUCUUGCGGAAAGCAAAUUAGAAAAAAAUGAAAUGAUCAAUCGGCUCUCAAGAAGUCUAGAAGAAAGCCAGAACCAGUGUGCAGAUCUGCUGCAAACCGGUUUGGUGAAGGAGACAAAUCAGCUACGCAUGCAGCUUCAGCAAGCACAGUCUGCCCAACUGAUAAGCAAUGAAAUGAAUAAGACUUUGCAGGAAGAGCUAAAGGAACUAAAAGAAGAAAUUGUUCUAUAUGAAUCAGCUGCAAAACAUGGUGUGUUUCUCAGUGACCCAGGUGGAGAAUUGAAUGUAGACAUGACUGAUUCUUAUGUAGAUUUGGGUAUUAAAAAGAAAACAAGACUUCACAGUGCUGCACUAACUAAAGAAGCAGACAGAGAAUUUUCUAAAGAUGAGAUCGUCUUACAGCUGAAGGUUGAACUAGAACAUUUACUCAACAGUAACAAAACAAAGAGGAACCGCAUUUCUCGGUUACAAAAUGAACUUGAUGAUUGCCAGAGAACAAUAGAAGACCUGAAGCAGCAGCUGGUGAAAGCAAAUGUGCAUGAGCCCAGAGGAAGAAACACAGAGAAGCCACCUGAUACCUUACAGUCUAAUAUGUCUGAAGAAAUCUUGAGACUCAAAAAGGAAAAUCAGGCUUUGCAACAAGAAACUGAGAGCCAUAAUGCACGUAUUCAGGAAUUAAUAGAAAACCAGGAACAACUGAAAAAUGCAAAUCGGGAGCUAUGUAGUCAAAUGAGACAGAUGAUUCAGGACUCUGAUCGGGAUAAGCAAGAAGCCCUUGACAGAUGUGAAAGAACCUAUCAGCAACAUUAUGAGAAUAUGAAGAAAAAGCUUUGUGAAGAGCUUGAAGAAAGGCAUGCUGCAGAAAAAGAAAAACUCAUCCAUGCUCAUGAAGCAAAGAUUGCACAGCUAAAGGCUGAUAUUGAAGAGUUGAACAAAGAGUUGGUUUCAGUGAAGGAAUAUUACAUCACUGUCUGCAGAGAGAGAGAUGAACAGGAGGCCACUCUGAAGGCAGCAUUUGAACAAGAGCAGAAAAUGAAAGAAGAGAAGCUCAAGAAAGAGUUAUUGGAAGAAAAAGAAGCAUCUUUGAACAAGCUGAGGACUGAACUAGAAGAGAUAUACAGGAAUUCCAUGGCACUAGCCAAGAGCCAAUGGAUGGAAGAAAAAGAAACUGAACUGAAGCAGCAGAUUGAGAAUGAAGUGGCAAUAAUCAAAGCUGUUUGGGAGAGAGAGCAGAAAGAGAUAAAAGACCGAGCUAUUCAGGAAGUUGAAAAAGAGUGGCAGCACAGGCUGGAUCAAGCUUUAGAAGAAACAAAGAGAACUGUAGUGGAACUCAAAGAUCAUUGCAGCCAAACAGAUGAAUCACUGGACCAAGUGAUUGCAGAGGCAGUUGAAAAGCAGACAUUCCUAUUUCAGGAGGCACUGAAAGAAAAGGAAAAGGCCUUGAGAGAGCGUGAAGCAAGACAUCAUGAGAGCAUUGCCAGUCAGGUGGAAUCAGCUCUAAUAAAAGCUCGUGCCAGGUGGCUGCAAGAACUGACUGAGCUUGAGGAGCACAAAGCUCAUCUGAAGGUAGCCAAGGAAAAAUGGGAGAAAGAAUGUGAGAUCAGCACAGCAAAACAGGUAUCCCUAGCUCUUCUGGCUGCUGAAGAGAAGUGGAAGAAGGAACUUGAAAACAGUGAUAAAGCUAGAGUAAGGACCAAAGAACUUGAAGAUAAGAUAUUUUCCCUUAAAAGGGAACUGGAACUGAAAAAAGAAGAAAUCCCUGCUAUUAUUAAAGCAGAACUGGCAAAAGCUCGGACUCAGUGGAACAAGGAAAAGCAAGAAGAGUUUCUGAGGAUACAAGACCAAAAUGAAAAAGAUUACCACUCUUUUUUACAUGAUCACAGGAAUAAAAUCAAUGAGGUGCUUGCAAAGACCAAAGAAGACUUUGCAAAGGAGAGGAAAGAACUGCUUGAUCAAAAAGAAGCAGAACUGAAGAUGUGUCUGGGUAGAAAGCAGCAAGAAUGGGCAGCUCAGGAAGCAAAAAGAUUCCAAAAUGAAAUUUGCCAGUAUGAAGACAGGAUUCUGGUUCAGGUGGAACUCCUCUUAGAUGACAUGCACAAGGAUUUGGUCAAACACACUAGUGAUGAGCAUUCUGGGCAACUCAAGUGGAAUACCAGUCCUGCCAUUCAGGUCAACUUCCAGUUCAAAGAGAAACUGACGUUGUGUCUGCAGAAAGCAUAUAGAGCCACUGUCACUGCUAUUGUGGAAAAAGCCAAACGAGAGUGGAAUGAGAAACAUGAAGACUUGGACUGUAAUUUCAAAGGUCCAGAGGACUCCUGCAUGCAAAGCAGUGAAGGAGAGACAGGGGACAAAGCAAGGCCUUUCAUGUAUGAUGUUGGGCAGCAAGUAGAACUACAAAGAAUGUUAAGAAAGCAGCCACCCUUCCAGGAAACUGAAAAGGAUAUUGAUUUAAAGUGUAAGAAAGGAAAUCUGUUGUCCCGAGAAGACAUUUGCUGUGAACAGUGUCGCCAGCAGCUUGAAAGAAAGGAAAAAGAAUGUCAGGAUUUGAAAAAGAAACUUGAUAAAGCUUGCAAACACCUCCAGCUUGCAGUAAAGGAACACAAAGCAAAGACAGAGGAAGUCCAAGAAAAUGAAAAAAUUGUAGAGACUUUAAUGGAAGAAAAUUCUGCAAUGAAGAACAAACUUGACGAUUUGAAAGCAACAGCUGCUCCCCCAAGAUCAUCGUCAGAGGGGUGUAUCUCAAAGCCUUGCACUUCCUGUGACAGAAAAGCCUUGGAAGAAAUGCGUUCUCAGUAUAUUAAAGCAGUGGGCAAAAUUAAGAGUGAUAUGCUUUGUUACAUACAUGAGAGUAAAGAGAGAGCUGCAGAAAUUAUUAAAGCAGAAGUAUUAAGAGAACGUCAGGAGACUGCCCGGAAAAUGCGCAAAUAUUACCUCAUUUGUCUUCAGCAGCUUCUGAUUGAUGAUGGAAAACAUGAUGGGGCUGAGAAGAAAAUAAUCUGUGCUGCUGGCAAACUUGCAACAAUGGCUAAAAUACUAGAAACUCCUGUUCGUAACUCAUCCCAGAGCAAAACCUUCCACUCAGCCCUAUCUCAGAAUUCCAACCUGCUCUCUGAGGUUGAGGAAGCUAAAAGAAAUCACAUUCAACAAUCUAGACCAACCCUGAUAGAAAACCAGAUUCAUGACAUAGGCAAAACAUCCAGCAACCCAGCUGCCCAGAAACAUUUACCUUGUAGUUUAAGACAACAGCUCGAUGUUGAAACUGAAUCGGCUGCAAUUUCCCAUACCCAAGUUGGCGGAAGAGUUUUUAAACAACUGGAUGAUACUUCACUUGGUGCUGUAUCAAUGGUGGCAUUCGAUGAAAGCAAGAGUGCAUACAAAGGUCAGUGCCAUUCAGUCAAUGCUACUGCAUUCCAGAAACCUCCCUCAUGUGCUUCUCAAGCAAAGCUCCAAAACAUUCAUCCAACUACCUGUACAGAGGAAGUUUCUGACUCUGGGGCAGCUUGUGUAAGAUUGAAGAACCUAAAUGAAAGACCAGUCAUGUCAGAACUUGGAUGUACCCAGUCUGCUAGGCAUCAGAAGACAUCUGAGAAAACACAAGUCUUUGACAUUCAAGAAACUCCUGUGCGGGAUGAAGGAGGCUCUUCUGAUUGGAGCUUGGUGAGCGAGACUUUACACGUGGAUAGCAGUGAUGUGCCCCUGUAUCCUGUUCGGAAAGCGCAUUCCAGUGCACCAGUAGAGCCCUGUGAACAGUUUGGCAUGGCAAAUACCUUUUCCCACUCCAGCAAAGAUAGUUCGGGUUUUUGCCUACAACCUGGUGGUCACAAAGACAAGACAACUAUCGCAAAGAGCCAAGACAUGGAUUGCAAUCAAGGCCAUCUGGCUGUGAAUCAUAGUUGUAUGCCAUGUUUGAAUGUGGACAAAUUAAGCCCUGCCGAUGCCUGUCUGAGUGGUGCAGUGUUGUAUUCAACAGUAGGAAAAAGCUAUAACCCUCUGAAUUCAAGGAAACAGAUAAGAGAUGUUAUGGCUUUUCAACAAGAUAGUGGCUUUGACAGUCCACAAAUCAACUUUGAUUAAACAUCAAGGACUCUCUGAACAUUCUCGCAAAGAGAUAAAUUUAAAAUAUUUAAAUGAAAACUAUGGAGGAAGCCUGUUGUGACAGUCUUGCAAGUGUUUUUAUUUCUUAACUUCCCUUUUUGACUGUUACAUGAACAAACCAUAAAUAUUUAUGCAGGUGUGGGAUAUGUCUUAGCUGUCUGACUUAGAUUUGUGUAUAGAUUGUCCCUGUGUGUGCGUGUGUGUUGUGUUGCAUAUGAAAUUAUCUGUUUUUAUACCUCAAGAUUAGUGUGCAGUCCAAUGCAAGCUUUUUUUAUUUAUACAGAAAUAAAACCAACACUUUGUGGUCCAUAUGCACAAUUGUCGUAGAACUUUCUUCAAAGUUGGGGGCUCCUUAUGUUUAUCUAGUACAUUUAUCUCCCUUUUUUCCAUAGAGCUCAAAGGGGUGUAGAUACGGUUCCAAGGCAGUCUUCCAGCUGGGCAGCAGCCAGACCCAAACCCACUUCGUUUCAGCAAAGCUAGCUGUAUCCUGUGCCUCCAGACCAUGCCUUAUAUAUUAAAAAUACCACAAUAUGCAUUCUUAAAUACUUCCUUUCAAAUAUGGUAUGUAAAAACAAAAAAACCCCGAAGUAUACCUGUACUGGCAAACCCCAGUGCAGAGUCACAGAAGGACAAAUGGGGUUGUCCUUCCAGAAAGGGCAAUUCUCUUCAGAGGAAUCUCUCUAUAUUGUGUAUAUUGUUGAAACUACCUUGGGAAGCAGAUACUGGAGAUCAUUAAGGACUGAGGAGAUGCCCGACGUUCUUGUGAUAGAAUUUAAUUUACACUUAUACCUAAGGUCCUACUCAU